AUGCCUCCCGAGCCCGUUUCCACCUAUGGCCAAGGCCGAGCACCCCUGCCUCGGCGUCACCGAGCAAGGCUUCGCCAUGUGGACGCCAUCAUGGGCAUCACGAAGCCAUCGAUUCGCCGUCUCGCCCGUCGUGGUGGCAUUCGACGUAUAUCGUCGACAAUCUACGAUGAUGCAAGAAUGGCGUUGAAAGCGCAUCUUCGUGAAAUCCUUCGAAGAGUCGUCAUCUUGAUGGGUGGUCCAGACAAUGAACUUCGCCAUGGAGUCAACGUUCCACAACGCAAGGUGAGACUCCUUGGAUAGUGGCUACUGAGGAAGAAACUCUUUGGGUUGUGAGUUGUAAAGAACCUAACCUGUGGCCUACUCCUCAGAUCGUCACCACAAAGGAUGUCAUCUACGCUCUCAAGCAGAUGGGUCAUCCCCUAUAUGGCUUUCACGAGCCAUAUACGACAUCUCGCCGUGGGCUUAUGAUGCCCUUCAGAACUUGAGCUUGUGUUGCUGUCGAAGCGAGCCAAAUUCAGUCAAAGUCAGUGUGUCGCCACAUGGGGACCUUGUCUUGACAGAUACUCUCACAUCGAAUACUGUCCUCAAUCCGAGUUGGAUUUUCCAAAAGGGGUAAUUUGUCAUCAGAAAACGAGCCAUUGAGGUUUUCUUCUUUUCAGGUCGUGUUGGAAAAAUGAUGGUGACAUGGCAUAAGUACCAACAACAGAGAGGAAAUCAUGUACACAUGUCCUUUCUGCUCAGAGUCAAAAGACCAGGACAAGAUCAAAUCAGCUAAUAAGUGCUGACGAAUUCGGAAGGAAAGGAUUGAAGUGCCAAUGUCAUGCAGAGGAUCAAGCACGGAAUACCAGGGAGGCAAAGGAAUCAGUGAUGGAUGACAGUAGGGACAAGAAAUGGUAUGAGGAAUUGUCCAUCACAACAGAAUCAUCACAUGAACAAAAAUCAAUCCGUCCGAGACCAUAGGAUUGAAAAGUUGAAUCAAUGUGUUCAUUCUUGAUUCCUCAGUAUAUACACAAGAGCCUGAGGCCAAAAGGUUUAUCCAGUUCCUCGAGAAAUUGUUCAACAUUGCAACAACAGUU